AUGGCUCCUUAUAAAAAUUUAGCAGUCUGCGUUGUCAAUAACAAAGGUUACAUUGAAGGAGAGAAAUUUCAACCUUCUGACAGAUGCUUGGACUGCGUCUGCCAAAAAGGAUAUAAUGGGAAAUUCGUUGCGCCUUUCUGCAUGAAGAAACGAUGCGACGUUGAAAUCAGAUUUUCCAAUCAGAUAGUUAAUAAUUGCGCUCCAAUAUAUCAUGAAAACGAACCUCUUUGUUGUCCUUAUGAUUUCAUUUGCCAAUGUCGUUACCGCGAAUAUAGAGGUCCAGUGGUUUCAAUUCCUUUAUAUGGAAACUACAACAGUUAUGAACUGAAUCAAUGUUUUCCUUACCUUCGAUGUCCCUCUAAAAAUAUGUCCGUCUGUGUUGACAAUCAUAAAGGUUACAUUGAAGGAGAGAAAUUUCAACCACUUGGUAAAUGCUUGAAUUGUAUCUGCCAAAAGGGAUACAAUGGAAAAUACGUUGAGCCUUUCUGCAUGAAAAAGAGAUGCGACAUAGAAAUAAAAUAUUCUAAACAAAUUGUUGAUAAUUGCGCUCCAAUAUAUUUAAAAAAUAAUUAUCCUCUUUGUUGUCCUUAUGAUUUCAUUUGUCCGUCAAAUUCAAAAAUUGAGCACCUCGUGAAAUACAAGUCAACUAAUGGAGAAAAAUGCAAAUUUGGAACGCAAACCUUCAACCAAUAUGACACUUUGAAUUUGAUUAAUCAAUACAACGUCACAUUCAACUGUAGGUGUUCUAUACCUCCUCUAUUGACCUGUCUUAGAUAA